AUGAAUACGCUAAUUACGGUAUGGAUUUUCCUCCCACACGCAUCCUCUUUCUUCUUCCCGACAUCAAGUACUGGAUGCCAUUGUAAUCAGUGCCCUCAAACACCAUCGUGUCCACUCCAGCCUACAUGUCCACCUGUGCAAAGUUGUCCUGAGCCUGUGACAGAAUGCUGCCCGACGUGCACGUGCAAGAACAAGAAACGAACCAAAAGAAGCACCGAAUUGUUGUCUAACGCUAUCUUCAUCGUUGAUUACGAUACAACUCCACAGAAGCACCGAGAAAAGCACAGACAAAAGCGUGACGUCCUGGAUGAUGUAGUAAAGGUGGAUGCCAAGUGCAACAGCGAGGAACUAAGGGCAGUUAUCAUUGAGAAUAUCGAUCGUAUGACGUCGGUUUCAAAACGACGUAUUCAAGCUGAGGCAGAGCGGCAACUUGGAGGAAGGUACAACGUGAUAUGUGCUCGCGGAGACUUUUCAUACAUAACCAACACUGAGAGUUUUUGCCAGCAGACAACUGGAGAUGUUACAUGUUACGUUUUCAAACAGCUGUCAGACAUUAUUCGUGCAAGAUUAUCAUGA